AUGAAGCUCGUCACGCGAAACCUCGUCCCCAACGGGCCCGGCUCCGUCAAGCUGCUGCCGCAGAUUGAGGACGACCUGUGGGACGCGUACAACCUGAUCGCCGUCGGCGACACCGUGGAGGCCGUCACGGUUCGGAAGAUCGGGGGCCGCGACACGGAGCGCGUGAAGCUAACGCUGGAGAUCGCGGUGCAGUCGGUGGAGUACGCCACGGAGGACUCGCUGAUGCGCGUGCGCGGCAAGAACCAGACCAAGAACGAGUACGUCCAGAUCGGGCAGUACCACACGCUGGAGCUGGAGAUCAAGCGGCCCUUCAUCCUGCGCAAGGAGGUCUGGGACUGGCCGGCGCUCGACAGGAUCCAGCAGUCGUGCGACGAGACGGCCACCAACGCCGACCUGGCGGUGCUCCUCAUGCAGGAGGGGCUCGCCCACCUCUUCCUCGUGGGGCGGAGCGUGACGGCCACCAGAGCCCGCAUCGAGGUGCCCAUCCCCAGGAAGCACGGCUGCGCCAUGGCCGCCUACGCCACGGCGCUCAACGACUUCUUCGGCCGCGUCCUCGACGCCUUCCUCAACCACGUCGACUUCGGCCUCGUCCAGUGUGUCGUCAUCGCCAGCCCCGGAUUCACCAGGGACCAGUUCCGCGACUACAUGCUCCUGCAGGCCACACGGCGGGGCGACAUGCGCGCCGUCACCGAGAACAAGGCGCGCAUCGUGCUCGCCAGGGCGCCCUCCGGGUACCCGCACAGCCUCAAGGACGUUCUCGGCGAGAAGAGCGUCAUGGCGCAGAUCAAGGACACCAAGGCCGCGCAGGAGGUCCCGGCCAUGCAGGAGUUCUACGACAUGAUCACCAAGGACUCGGACCGGGCCUGCUACGGCCCCAAGCACGUGGAGCUUGCGAAUGAGCGCCUCGCCAUCAAGACUCUGCUGCUCACGGAUACUUGGUUCAGGAGCCCCGACGUUGCCGCCAGACGCAAGUAUGUGGACCUCGCCGAGUCCGUCAAGAAGCUCGGCGGCACCGUGCGGGUCUUUUCAUCCAUGAAUGUCUCCGGCCAUCAGCUCGAGCAGGUCACGGGAAUAGCUGCCGUACUUCGUUUUCCCCUUCCCGAUUUGGACCACAUCGAGAUGUGA